AUGGCGGAGCGAUGGCCGCUCCUUUCCGCUCUUGUCGUGUGUUGUGUGUCGGGACGGCACUGGGUCAACCAUCAUGAUCGUUGUCGUCCUGAUCUUGGACUGCGCCGUAUAGCGCGCCCAGGUUUAGCGGCCGGCGAGGACGUCAUGAGUCUCCUGGGUGCAGUGGCCAACGCCGAAUCCGUGGUGGCAGUUGAUGCAUUGGACGGCGGUCGCCGCGUUAGCCGUCCAUUUGCAGUUGCAACAAACCCAGAGGGUGGUGCGGACAUAAGCAGGCGGCUGGAUUUUAGGGGUGAUUAG